CAGCUAGCUACAUACUCAUCACCUUUUAAUCUCUAAUCACAUUUUCCCUAGCUUGCUUUAUUAAGCCUCAUAGAGGAACAGCCCAAAAUCUGGGCUUUUGAUAGAUGCAACAUGACAGACAUUAUCAAGAUAGAUGAUUUUUCUCAGUUCACAAGGUCUGUUACGCUGUCAAAGAUAGUCUGAUGUGACUUUUCUUGACUGAACUAUCACUCAUCAAUUCAGUGUUCUAGAUUCUUAUGAAUGGUUCACUUACACAAUUAUCAGGGAAACAGCAUAACUUAAGCAAAUAGGUAAAUAACAAGGUCCUCUCCCCACCCCCACAGAUAACUAACAAUCUCUACAUUUGUUUGCUCCCCAGUCUUUCUAAAACAACAUUAUGAAACAUCCUCUGCAGCCUCCCAAAAAAUAACUAACAGCUCCAAAACUCACAAUGAAGAUCUCACUAGCUGUAUAAGAAGUUCCAAAGUAUACUAUUUAUAAUGAAGUAAUUUUCAGAGUAUUCUACUUCAGCAGGAUGCAAAUUAUUCUUCACUCAAGUUGAGUAAUGGAGUGAUGUACAUACAUAUCAACUGCCACUACUUGGUUUGAACUAAUGAAUGUAGCCAACACACUGUUGAUGCUUAACUACACAGAGUAGUUCUAUGUAGCAAAACAAAAACUUCAUAGCAACUAAUAGUUUUUAGAGCUGCAACUGGUAAGUUAGCUGAAGUAAUAGCACAGUAGAAUAAAAUAGCAGGAAGAUUCUAAGAUCUUGCCAUCUUCAUGGUUUCUGGAAAGGAAAAGCUGUGUCUUACUGAUCUCUGCACCAUGCAAUAGGCAGUGAUAAAGUUCUCUGAGUGUCUGUUAGAAACCUAAAUAAAUAAUUAUGCAGGGAGGAGGAAAAACAAUCAAAGAUCAAAAACUGACUGCUAAUCACUCUUCAUGAUUACAAAAGAUCAGAAACAGAUACCCUCUGGUUCAGGCUGUUCUAUGACUCACUUGCCAUUUUUGUAAAAUAUGACAUAUAAAUGAUUACAAUUAUCCUCUGAAUAUAAAGGAACACAGUGGGAAGGUUGAGUUAAAUUUUGGUAAACAGAAACUCCAAAAAUAAAACAUUUUUUUCCUCCGUCAAAGGUGUAUAAUCACAUAGAAUACAGUGGAAUUCCUAAUAAAAAGAAAAAAAGGAAUAGAAUGAAUAAAAAUACAGAUAAGGGUUAUUUGGACUGACUAAUCACAAGAAGAAAUCUCAUGUAACACAUUAAAAAAAGAGGAUUAUUAUCAUAUGAAUGUGACGUAAUCAAAUACAUCAGAUGAUAGAGUUAUGUCAGCCAGCUGAACUGCUGUGCCCUACUGAGGCAUGCACCUAAAGCUCUUAGGUAAAGCAUUUUUGACUGAAUUCCAAAAUUUUAUAAAUCAGAAUUAGAGCUAAACAGUAGGCCAAAAUUAGUAGAAUUUUCUCUUUUGUUGUUGUUGUUGUUGUUAAAAACUUGGCCACUUCAAUUAUUCCAUCUGUGUGUGAAACACUCGCUCUCUGGAUGCUGCUAGAAGAUUGAAUAUAAAUGCGUUUUGUUAUGGAUGAACUAUAGCAAGUGCCCAGGUUCUUCAUUCACUUAGCAGAUCGUGUGUGAUUUUCAAAAAUAAUUUAUAAGCAAAUGCCUCCAGGGGGAACAGAACUUCAAUUCUGAAGCAAGGAUCUUCUGGUAGUUUUACUACAAAUUACUCCCAAAAUCAGAGUAAAGAUUUCUUAAAUGCUCAAUAUUACUUGUUUAAUGAAAAAACAAAAACAAUCACAUAAAUAGGAAGUGAUUUCCUCUGAAAUUCAGGAAGAGGUAAAGGUGAAGCUCAGAUAAGAUGCUUUCUGCUUCCACACCACUACUAGAGAUACUGGUUCUGCAAAAACAAAUCAAGUCUCACAAAUAUUUUUGAAAUUCUUUUAAAUGAUAAUCUCAAGAUCCUUUGUGUGAACUCAUCUACUGUAUGAUGUGUAUAGGUAUUCAGUAACCGAGUGAAACUGUUUAUCAAUCCAAGUGAUUCAAUUCUUAUUUCAGAUAUUAGUAAAAAACCUAAUACUUUGAAUCAGUUGUUUUUCAGAGCAGAAUCACAACAAAAAUCUAUUCAUGCUUUUCCAUCUUUGGUUUUCUUCUUCCAAACUCCGUAUGUAUAUUGGAUUAUUCCUCUCAUACUGAUCAUCCAACCUUAUCUAGAUUUUGUACAUUAUUUUUCUUAUUCUGCUCCUUCUUCCAGCAACUUAAAGGAACAUGGAUAGCUUGGUUUUCCUAAUUAGUAGGUAUUAUUCUCUGAAUGAAAUAACCUUGUACUAGCAAUACCUCAAAAGGUAUCUGCCUUUUUUCAUUUGGGUGUCGGCUUAAAGCAUAGACAAUAUUUUCUCUAUGAGAAAUAUAGAAAGAAUACUGAAAAAAAAAAGUUAUUUAUCAAGUACACUCAGUUCAGACUGGGAUUUUUAAUGCCUUGCAGAAUAUAAUAAGGAAUGAGACUUAACUAAUUUCCUUUCAGCUGACCUUCCUACAGAAAGACGUUUAUACUCCUUCUUAUCGUGCUAAAACAUGCAUGUGAUAAAUAAAAGGAACACUUUUUGAAAUCAGAGCAUUAACAAAUCAGCCAAUUAAUGCAAUCCCACAAAUAGUAACUCAAUGUGUAAACUGUAAGAAUAGUGAAAAAAUAAACAUAUAAACACUCACCUGACAUAAUCCACAAACCACUAUCACAUUCAACAAGCCAUAAUUAUGAACCACUUCAAUACAUACCAUGAAAUAGACUGCAAAAUAGAUUAAUACUAAGCCCAGAAUGCUUCUACUGUAAGAAUUUGUAAAUGUACAUCAAUUGUACACUCUGCUAAUAUGUUAUCUGACCAAUACAGUACUACUUUUUGUUAGGUCUUUACAUGUAAUUAUUAUCAGUGGUGCUGUAUCAAAUUCAUAAGCAGUGAAACAAAUUUUGAAAGCACAGAGGCAACACCAAAGGAAUAUACUUGGGCAAUGGUUAUGUAAAUACACUCAUUUCUAAAUUCCAUUCAAUAUAAACAUUUCACCUCAAAUGGGCAAAAUGUACUGUUCAGUGAUAGAACAGUAAAAAGAACUCACAAUACAGGCAGACUACCAGCACAUAUUUAAAAAGCAAACAAACAAACAUUAUUAUACCUGUUGUCAUGGUAUCUGUGGGGAUGAUGCUGCAAAACAUCUUGCAGGAAACGCUCCAUCAAGCUGCUGGUACCCAUGCGAUUCCUGCAGUAAGUGGUAAAAUGUCUGUGCUGGGAGCUGAAAAUAUGCUGAAGAAAGACAAAACAUAUAACUACUUUAAUAUUACUGUUAACACGCUGUUCUCAAGUAAAGAAUCACUUCCCAGGUAAAACAUUACUGUCACAAUGAAAAUCUUUCAACUAGAAGAAAAAUCUUCAGCUUUUUCUACUUUAAGGCUGGAAUUCAAGGAGAUUUUUAAAUAUGCAUAGAGAGACACAAAUACUACUGAAAUGUGUUGAAAUCCCUUCUGAAGUGAACCUAAAUCAACCACUCUGCUGCUCACAGAUCCCUCGUGACUGGAACAAAUACUGUUAAUAAAUUUAUACAUGAUAAUUAAGAAUAUUUUUGAACUUCAUUUGAGCAAACACCUCAUAAUUUACUCAAACUAAGGAGAAUUUUCAUAAGCACAGCAGAUUAAAUAGGUUUCUACUCCCUAGUUAAAAAAGUCUAGAACACAACAGACCAGAACAGAAUUAAGAACAGAUAAGUUAGUAGUUGAUCAAAAGUGCUCAGCUUUGAUAUCUAACAUAUUAACUCUAAUAUUUAAUGGUAUAUCUAGUUCUCAAGGUUAAAGCUACAGAAAUAAACCUAAUGAGUGUAAAGUAUAGCAGGGUGACACUUCAGAAAAGCAGACUGCAGUAAGCACACCAUACUACCACCUUCUUUAUAACAGGUAACAGGUAAGAAGGAUUUCCUCUCCUUUAUAUGCACAAAGAAGUAGUAGAACUCAUAAAUUGAUUUAUUUCCAUUCAGAGUCAGUCGUUCAGUGCAGAAAAUGAUGCCCUCUAAGUUGACAAAGCCUAUUGGUACUUCUUGCUAUCUGCUGCCAAAUUAUGCAGUAACCUUCUUACCUGUUCCAGAUUACUGUAGUGUACGUGACAGCAGUUGCAGUAUCCUUGUCUGUUUUGCAUGGUGGAUAAUCCAGGCCGAGGAUGUUCUUGCCUUCUUGAAUGUAAACUGAAAGAAGCAGGUAAUAUUACCAAGACAUUUCAUUAAGAAAAUGAGAAAUGUUGGUUUGGUAAUUACAUUCUUAACAUAGAAACUCAGAAUACCCACCUUACAAUAGAGCUGGAGCAAACUUGCAAAAUUAACAUUUCUAUUUCCAAAUUACAAUGGCAAGUAGGAAUACAUAGUUUAAGCUAUUCCUAAGAAAACUUUUUCUUAAGUGCAGAACAACGGAUAACAGGUUGAAGGCACAACUAGCACAGAUCCUAGUUGGAGUUAGCUAUAGUCUAAAGAGAUCUAUCUGUCCGGAAAAAGAUAGUCAUUCUUUUAUUAUUCUACUUUUAGCCUUCUGAAAUUAAAAACAAAUGAACUGAAAACUAAGAAAUUCUGACACACAUACAAUCAGUUAUGGGUGCUAUGGUCCCUUCCCCCACAGUUUAUAUUAUGUGUAAAGAUAAAAGAUCUCCAUCAUGCACUUAUCUACAUUGCAUCACUAUCAACCAUUACACAAGAUGACAUAUAAGGUUGAAAAACAGAUUAUUCUUUGUGUAAGCAGUAAAACAGAUGUCAGUUAGGUUAUCACCUUACUUACCUGCUAUUGCUGUCCUGUUGUAGCGAGCCUUCAACACCGUGUCUUUCCAUUCCUAUUAUGAAAGGAAAAAAAAAGUUUUUACCCGCAGUUAGUUCUCUUACGUUGUACCUGUCAAAAAUAGUAUUUUAAAGGAAGUUUAAACAUUAGAAUAAACAUUUAGAGAGAUCAUUUCAUCCUCAAAGAUCCUCUAUGAGGUUCAUAAAAUAAGCUUCACCCUUUCAUGGUUGAAGUGUGCAGGUAUUUUUCAUAUUUGUCUAGGAUCAAGAUUAAGAAAUCUACAUUCAGAAGACUGUUCUAUCCAUAAUCAGAGAGCUAAAAUGCAGCAUGUCUUAAAGAGUUUACCAUAGGGAAAGAAAAUCAUGUUUGUACGGAAACCUGUGGAUAAUUUAGGAGUCACUUCUUCCAUCUAAGUUCCAUACUGAAAUUUAGGAAAUCAAAUGAUACAACUGAAACUACAAGGUGUUUCAAAAGGUACUUUACUGACGGUUAUUUACAUUAAAAAAAACCUGCAAUAAAAGCAUAUACUUGAAAUGUCUCACCUUGCACUGAAGAAGCAGAAGCUUCAUCAGAUGGUUUGAUUCUGUCAAACAUCUGUAAAUCAAAAAUGAAAUGAUUGAGAAUUAAAAUAAGCAAAAAAAUAAGCAAAUAAACCCAGACCCAUCUUCUAGUCCAUCCUUCAGUCCAAGCUGUUUGGUUGGGCUAUAUAGUUUCAACUGUAGACAAUGACUUGACUUAAAUUAAUCUGCACUGCAAAAAACAACUCCUGCUUUACUAGGUUACCCCAAUAUUACAUUUAAUAACGCAUGUUUCCUUUGACAGCAAUGGGAAAAUUUCUGGUCUAAUUAAUGAAACUAAGUGCUGUAUUUAUGAAUACAACUUAGACUAUGUUAGCAACUCCUUAUCAAGUCCUUAUUAAGGCAACAACCUUAUCAAAUUCAUUUAAUUGCUUAAUUUCUUAAGUUAUCUUUGCAGCGAACAUGGAAAAUGUACUCUAAUAAAAACUACACUAGACCAAAUAAAAUAAUCUCCCACACUGGGAAAGAAAUACUUAUUGUUCAGAAGACCAGCAAACCAGUGUUGAAACCCGUAAUUUUUAACCGAAAUAUAACUGCAGUAACAUGAUUUAGGGUGCCCAAACAUAAACAACUUCUAACACAAUCCUUUUACAUUACAGAAUACAAAAAAUAAAGUCAAACUUUCUAGCACAAACCUUAGCGUCGCCAGCCUUCCGCCACCAAAGAUGAUUCCAGGCUAGCAAACAACGAAUGUCAAACAGGAGGCCACUUGCAGUGCAGGACACUUGUCUCUUCUCAUCCCAUCUGUCAAAAAAUUCAUUUGAAGUGCCUUUUAAAACAGAGCUAAUAACAUGUUUUCCUUGCCCUUAGGCAUGUAACAUUUUCUGUAACUGUUCGCAAACAGGUCAGACAAUAAGAUGAAUAAACCUCUUUUUGAUGGCUGCAGUAGAUCCAUGUUUUCAUCACAGCAGUAGUGUUUCCUCCUAAAUGUUAACUGUUCCUACCAGAAUAACUUUGUUCCUUCUUUCUUCCACGUACUCUCUACAUAUUAAAUUCUACUGAUGCUGCUAUUCAGGAAAUGAAAUAUGCCUCUACAGUAAUAGAAGGAAAAAAAUACAACCAAACCUCUAUAUUAACCAAACUGAAUUUUCUUCAUGAACCUACUCAGAAAAAAACAUUUUCUUUUAUUUAUGCAAACUCACCAGACACUGCAUUUUAUGAACUCACCAUUACACACUCAAUGAAGUAUUACAAUUUCCUUACUACAGACACGGAAAGAGAGAACUGCCUGAAGAACUUCCAUAAUCCCUGUCACUAGCGUCGUCCCAGUCUUAAAACUCAGGACUUACAAACAGGAACGUGGGAUCCUCACGCAGCAUCAGCAGGGGCACCACAAACAGAUAUGCUGCCUCAGAACUGGAUGACAGCACCAUAACUUAAAGGGUCUCAUUUCAAAUCAGAAAUGCCAGACAGCAGCAACUGGGGCAUGCGCGUGGGUAACCACUACCGUGGUUCAUCACUUCUUUUAUUUCAAGGAGUAAUCUCAGUGGCUGUGCUGCACCGGGGCUUUACUCGCACACAUUAAGCUGAGUCACAAGCGUUGUAACUUAGAACUGCAGGACUACUAAAAGAACGGAGAUACUCCAGUCUACACAUCUCCUCAGCAAGUCCCUACUGGUCAGGAGAUUGAACGGACCAGAUUUCCUCACAGAGGAGGGGCACACAACGUAAGGUCUGUACACGCACGUGCUGCCACUAACAGGCAAAUGUCUGAGGAGAACCUGCAGGGAUACUUCAGCAGCUGACAGAAGGGGAGAAACAAGCGGCCUCAGCUCAGCGUUCUGUGAGAAGAUCACUGUGCAGGACGAAGUAAGAAGCUGAUCUGAAGCUAUACAGCCCUUGUCUACCUGAGGUCAGGCACAAAGCACGGCGCAGUAGCGGCUGCCAAGACCAGGCGCGCCCGGCUGCGCUCUCACUUUAUCAGCUCUGAAAAUCCACACAGGAUUUCUCAGAUUUGCAGGCUUGGCAUGGACAGUUCCAGCUUUGUUAGGAUUCCUCUGACUGUAAAUAUCUUAAGCUGCUCGAUUAAAUAGUAAAUCGCAUCUGCGUUAGCAUUAGUUUAGACAUUCUACCACUAGGAAAAACGAAAAACAAGAGCACCGAAGAAACUCGAGUGCCACUCUCCUAUUGCAACAGGUCAACCAGAAGAGAGCAAAAACGACAGCCCUCGGGGCGGGGCCGCGGGCAGCUCUGAAGGCCGGACAGGGCCGCGGUGCUCCGAGGGCUCCCCCAGGCACGGCCGAGCCCUGCCCGCCGCAAUGUCGGGCUGCGGGGCGAGGCGGCGGCUGAGGAGGGGCUGCCGGCGCCAUGCCCGUGAGCGCGCGCGCGCAGGUCCGCCGGGCAGCGCGCGGACCCCGCCCCUCUCCGCGCGCGCUCGUUCGCCCCGGCGGCCUCCACGGCCCCUCCCGCCGCCUGCCCCCCGCCCCGCAGCGCGCCUUCCCGCCGCUGCCGCGCGCCGCCCGACUCGCUCCCCGGCGCCGCCUCACCUCCGUCCCUUCUCAAAAGCAUCUGUGCAACAUGACAUUUGAAGAUUUUGAGAACUACUCUUAUUUCUAUGACCUGCCUGAGGAAGAAGAAUCACCCCAGUCCACCCUCAGCAUUGCCCAUAUGAUUUCCCUUUCAUUUUACAGUGUGGCAUUUCUUCUGGGAGUCCCAGGUAAUGCCAUUGUCAUCUGGUUUAUGGGCUUCAAGUGGGAUAAAUCUGUAUCUACACUCUGGUUCCUCAAUCUGGCCAUUGCAGAUUUCAUUUUUGUUCUCUUUCUGCCCCUUUAUAUCACAUACGUGGCAAUGGGCUUCCACUGGCCUUUUGGGAAGUGGCUCUGUAAAAUGAACUCGUUCAUUGCUCUACUGAAUAUGUUUGCCAGUGUUUUCUUCCUGACAUUCAUCAGCCUUGACCGCUACAUCCGCCUUGUGCAUCCAGUUUUUUCCUACAAGUACCGGACUAUAAAGAACACCCUCAUUCUUAGUGUGAUCAUUUGGAUGUCAGCUGCAGUUAUUGGUGGCCCUGCCUUAUACUUUAGAGACACAGCUACUGCUCUCAACAAUGUCACCAUUUGCUACAACAACUUCCAUGUGCACGACAGAGAACUCAUUUUGCUGAGGCAUCACAUUCUGAUUUGGGUGAGGCUUGCAUUUGGUUACCUCUUUCCUCUGCUGACCAUGGUUAUUUGCUACUCAUUGCUGAUUGUUAAAGUGAAGAGGAGAACCGUGUUGACUUCUAGCAGGCUCUUCUGGACCAUCGUUGCUGUAGUUGUAGCUUUUUUUCUUUGCUGGACACCAUAUCACAUAUUCAGCAUUGUGGAGCUCUCUGCUCACCAUGAUGAAAAUUUGCACGACUUACUACAGGAUGGCAUUCCCCUCUCCACAGGCCUUGCUUUCAUCAACAGUUGUCUCAAUCCAAUCCUCUACGUUCUCAUUAGCAAGAAGUUUCAGGCUCAGGUCAAGACAACAGUCUCUGAGGUGCUAAAAUUGGCACUGUGGGAAGUGAGCCGCUCAGGAACCGUCAGUGAGCAGCUGUGGAGCUCAGAGAACACUCAUGCGCCUGUGCACCAUUGUGAAACUGCCCAGUGACUGUUCAUCACCAUCCAUCUACAAAAUAGCUGACAGAUUCGGAGGUGUUGUUGACUUCACAUCUGCUGAUGAGAUGUGCAUCUUUGCAUAUGCAGUUUUAUAUUAACAGCUGGCUUUACUGUGCUUGCUACUUUCCUUUAAAUGUUUUUAAAGGAUACAUCAUUUGGGUGUGGUGCGGUUGCAGCAUGGACAGCCCGGAUACAAAUUUGUCUGGAUUUUCUAUCAGGAAUAUGAUUGUAAUCCUGUUGUUGACAAUACUUCACCGAUCUCAAAAGAGCACAUAACAUUCCUCUGAUCGCCACUGAUAACGCUUUUGAUCUAGGCAUCCUCAUAUGAGAGCUCAUGGUCAGACAUCAGUGGUUUGUGUCACAAGUAUUUCACUAUUGUUUAAAGUAGGAGUCACCUAGCUGUAUCCCAGCCAAAGGAAGCUGUCACUAGCUUUACUCUGCAAUCAGAGAAGUAACUCAGUACAGAGAAUACUAAAUUGCUGCCUUUUUUUUUUUUCUAAAGAAGCAUGGAAAUAAAAUGUUUUCUCCCAUUGCUUAUACUGAGCUAAGCCAGGGGGCUGUGGUUUCUUGUCACUUACUUUUGUGUUUUAAUGCCAUUUCGUUGUAAAAUACUAAGCAGGUGUUUCAGAAAGUAUUUUGGCUCAUUUGAAAUAUGCAAAGAAUUUGUGGAAAUGUUUCCUACUGAAUCUGAGACUUAAGGCCCUUGUCACAUGUUCUUUUUCUGUGUCUAAACUUCCAGGUUUUAGAGACUUCACAGUUAUUAGCUGUUUUCUGCUGGUCUUGCAAGCAAAGGUUGAGAUGCAGUAAAAGGUUUUGACUUAAUGUCUAAAAAGGAGUACAGUGAAUUCAACAGUAUUCUUUUCCAAGCAUGUAGCCAAAUUCAGACUUCUCUACCAAGUUGCAGUCAAGAUCGUAUGUCCAAGAUACAAAGUUCACUUGCAUAAGAAAGAGGCAGUAGACCCAGUCGUCCUAGUUUCUGCUCCAACUUUUUGCCUGCUGUAGAAUCACACCUACACCAAUGCAAAUACACACACUAAGUGGAGCGGACCAACUUCUGAGGCAGUACCACUUAACUGAGAAGUUGUAUGCGAGAUAAAACUCUGCUAAGAAUAAAAGCAUAAAGCUUUAGGUGAAUUUGAACUAGCUUUUUAUUGUUACCGGCCUACGUAUCUAGAGUAAAACUGGCUUUCAGAUAAUCUACAUGCUAACACAUACGUUGCGUUUAUACUGUAAAUGAGGCCUUAUAUGUAAAAGUAUGGAUCUGUAUGCAUGCAUAAGCACAUCCAGUACUGAUAGCUGCAUAAGUAGCAACUGUCUGAUUGUGGGCUGUAGCUGUUUCUUCAGGCUCUGGUCUCAGAGUUUGAGUGAGGCAGAACCUAUGGAAUUUCAGUGUAUUUAACUUUGGGCUGGAAAGUUGGUAAGCAGCAUUCUUUCCUUUGAGUCAUUCACUGCCUGGUACAUAGUGACUCACCCUAAUAUUUUGGCACUAUGCGGCUGCGUGUGCCUAAAUCAACUGUUUGUAGUUUUUCUUCACAUAUUCCUUGACAUCUUUCUAAGAAUGAUGUGUUUUAGUACUCCUUUCCUGACUGUACUCCGAGUGGAGUAAUAAAGUUCUGUUGGCUCUGAAGAACGUGUUUCAUUUGCUUUUCUCAGCAGCAAGUGCGUGGUGACUGUUCACAGCACAGCACCCUCCUGACACUUUGGGAAGAUGAAAGAAAACCCUGACCUUUUACGUUACAGGAAUUAAAGUUUAUUCAGUUUUCUUCAUGCACAUUAAGUAUAUGAGGACAAAUAUAUGCAGUAAAGAGCUUGAUUUUCAAACAAGAGAAUUUUACAUUUAGUUUGCCCUGUGUACAUGAUCAGAAAAUGUUUUACAAUGCUUUGCUUGGAGCAGCUCUCUGGACUAAAAAGAAAACCCAUAUUGCCAAUAUCUAACCACUGCCUUAACCAAAAGCCUCCCCCAGAAUAGUAUAGAAUCCGGCCAACAUCAGUCCUGGUCUGUGGAAAAAAAAAUGGACUAACAACUUUGCAAGGUAAUGCUACCUCCUUCAUACCAAGAUCAGCUAUGUGAUUGCCUCCAACUCAUUUCUGCAAGAGUAACGGCAGAUACCUCAUCAAAACAGACAGCAUUCCCAGUUUCUGUUUCCAAAGAAUAACCAAAAGAAAACAAUUACUCUCCUACACUGCUUGGACAGAACGCCCACUCCAAGCUCUACAGUGAAAACAAAAGCCAGAGGAAGGGAAUCUCUCUCUGAUUUUGCUAUGAGAUACUCCAGAG